UGCAUUCUAGAGCCUGAGAGGCAUAAUGCAACUAAUGGCAACAUUUAAGAUGGACCGAACAAUUUGAAGGCAGAAUAAGGUAGCAAUUAGAAGAUAACUUCAGUGUAACUGCGUGUGUCUCUCCCGGAUUGAGGAUCAGACGUGCAUCACAGGCUUCAGUUGCAUAAACUGCUGGAAUGGCAUCAGCUCCAGCCCAGCAGCCAACUCUGACCAUCGAACAGGCCAGAGUUGUCCUGAGUGAGGUCAUCCAGGCAUUUUCUGUGCCUGAGAAUGCUGCUCGAAUGGAGGAGGCAAGAGAGAGCGCCUGUAAUGACAUGGGCAAGAUGCUGCAGCUCGUACUACCUGUAGCUACACAAAUCCAGCAGGAGGUCAUCAAGGCCUACGGCUUCAACAAUGAAGGAGAAGGUGUUUUAAAGUUUGCCAGACUCGUUAAAAUGUAUGAAUCUCAAGACCCAGAGAUUGCUGCAAUGUCAGUCAAGCUCAAGUCUCUCCUCCUGCCACCUCUGUCAACUCCACCCAUCGGUGGUGGGAUCCCAGCUUCCUAGACAAACUGAAUUUCACAUCCACAACACAGAGCAGGAUCAGUGUGCUGCUAAAACUGAUCUACAGUUUUAUUGUUUUGUUACUCAUAAUUGAUCUGUUUUUAAAAAGCACAGCACAUUCCCACACCAUUCCAGUUUUGUCCAGUCAAUUUAAUUUCAUUUGUCUCUCAUACUGUAUUUAUUCUUUUUUCUUUUUGUAAAUAUUUCCUUUUUUCUACUUGAUGUGUUUGACUGACCUACAUCACACAGAUUCUGUGUUGCAAUGGGGAUUAAUCAUAUGAAGUGUUAAAUCUCGAUUUCUCAAAACCACCACAAUAUGUCAAAAGUGAUGUGAGUUUACACUGCAGCUGGAGAUUGACUCCAACUACUCUGAAUGCUAAAACCAUAUCACAUUGGAUGUAGUUACCACAGCGUGUCACUCUGUGUCGCGUCAGUAAGCUCCAAUAUUAAUUAAUGUAGGCUUUCUUGGUGGGAACCCACAACAUGUGGCACUGAGGCGAUAACAUGCGUUUAAAGUGUUUUGAUUCUGUUUACUGCGGCGUGGCAUUCUAGUAGGUGUAGUGUAAAAACAGUACGGAAUCCAGUACUCUUGAAAAACAAACUACAUUUAUUUUUUCUUUAUUCAUUGACGAAGUAGAUGGUUAAAAUUGGAAACACCACGUUAAUCAAAUGUGCAGGUACAUCUAAUAGCUGAUCAAUUAUAAAGUUCUUUGCGCAAAAAGACAACUUCAAAAAAGGAAAUGUGCCUGAAGAGUUGUGCAUAUAUCUUUAAAUGCAGGACACACAAACAGAUUUCUUCUUGUGACGCCUCUGUGUACCAUACGGUAUGAAAUGGCAAUCAUCAUGAAAUGGUUCAGACUCACUUCUACUUCUGGUAUGAAAUGGAGUUAACAUGCUUCAGGAAUACUGAUUAACCUAAUCUCAGUCUGCUGUAUCUGCAGUGUACUGUUGAUUACCACAGUUGACAGAAAAGAAGUGAAGACUCACAGGCUCAGAACUAAUUUAUAGUAGAGACCAGUGGGCUGCUGCAGAAAUAAUCAAAUUAGUUUAAUUCUAGUUGAAACAAAUGACUCAGGACUGUGCCAAGAGAGGUCAAAAUUCAGAGCAUAUUAUUUCAAUUCAGACAUAGCCAGUGUGCUUUCUGGUUCAGACAGUGACAUCUCGUUCACUUUAGCAGAACAUCUGCCAAAGUUUGUAGAGUUUAUCCUCCCAUGCAGCAUAAUUCUGCUGCCUAAUGCUACAGCAUGCUUAGUGUAGUUAACUCAUAGACUUCACUUCAUAGGUAUUUAUCAUAACACUAAUAUUUAUGUUUUUCUGAAAUAUAUACAUUUUUUGUUCCUUUUUUCAAUACAUUUUUUUUACAUUUGACAUUGUGUUUUGUAUAUCAUUUUCCAGUGUGCAAUAAAGAUUUGUUUCCCAGAA